GUCGUUAGUUGUCCAAUGAACAAAAUCCUAGUGGGGCCACCUUGGGACACUUUGCAUUAUGUGCAAGCGAGUACCCGUGUUUCUCCUACUUGGAGCGAGUAUCCUUUUACACCUGCAAAAAUACACAGGGAGUACAGAGGGCUGAGAGCUCACCGUUGUAACAAACAAAAGUUCCCUCCUCCUCUCUGCCCCUGUCUUCGCAGAACCAUAUGUUUGAUUUUAGAGCAAGAAAAUCAAUGGCGGCGGCACCGUCAUUACAGCCACCGGGGGACCUGAGACAGAGGGCAUCGCUGUACGUGGGUGAUUUGGACCUGGAAGUCACUGAAAUGGACCUGAAAACUGCGUUUUGCUCAGUGUGUCACUUUUUCACCCUUCGUCUCUGUCGUUGUGCUUACACCGGCAAGUCUCUUUGUUAUGGUUAUGUCAACUUCUACUCUCACAACCAAGCAUAUGAAGCUCUACAUAAACUAAACCAUACAUACUUGAAGGGAAAACCCAUGAGGUUAAUGUGGUCUCAGAGGGACCCUUUUGCAAGAAAGAGUGGCAUUGGCAAUCUUUUUGUGAAGAAUCUAGUAUCUUCAAUUGAUAGUGCUCGGUUAGAGAGCAUGUUCUGCAAGUUUGGGACUAUACUUUCUUGCAAGGUGGUUGAAGAACGUGGCAAGAGCAAAGGUUUUGGGUUUGUCCAGUUUGAUUCAGAGAAUUCUGCCUUGGCUGCUCGAACUGCUCUUCAUAAUACUAUAGUUGAAGGAAAGAAAUUGUAUGUAUCCAAAUUUGUCAAGAAAAGUGACAGGACAGCAGCCACAAUUUAUGAAGAAUCAGAAUUUACAAAUCUAUAUGUUAAAAAUCUGGCUGAUAAUGUGACAGAGGAUACCCUUCAGAACAUGUUUUCUAUAUUUGGGAAGGUUUAUAAUGUUGUCAUCAUGAAGGAUCAUGAUGGGAAAUCAAGAGGUUUUGGAUUUGUCAACUUUGAUUCACCAGAAGGUGCCAAGAAAGCUGUUGAUGCUCUGAAUGGUUCUCUACUUGGUUCCAGGACUUUGUUUGUGGGAAGAGCCCAAAACAAAGCUGAGAGAAUAAAGAUAUUACAGCAUGAACGAAAGGAUAUUUUCAGCAACCAUAUAGAGAAGUUGAGAUUAUCCAAUGUGUAUGUGAAGAAUCUUGAUGAAUGCAUCGAUGACAACAAAUUACAAGAAAUAUUCAGUACCUGUGGAAAGAUAGUUUCAGCAAAAGUGAUGCGGUAUGAUAAUGGGGUAAGCAGAAGCUUUGGAUUUGUGUGCUUUUCAAGUCCUGGAGAAGCAAAGAAAGCUUUGAAUACUCUGAAUGGAAUCAUGUUGGAGGGGAAGUCUCUCUAUGUGGCAAUAGCUCAGAGUAAAAAAGAUCGCCGCCUGGAACUGGAGAAGUAUUUUUCUGCACGACAAUCUCAGUCAUUAUAUCCUUCUAACUGCAAUGUCGUUGCACCUCCAAUUGGCCCAGUCUAUUACAAUUUGUCUACUUUCCAUCCACCAAUCCCUUUCCUGCAGCAUCAAAUCUCAUACCAAAAUUUUGGUGCGACAAUGGGAGGCCAAUAUCCUUUGGCAGCUGAGAAUUACCAGCAACAUUUUUGCUCAUAUAUUCCAUUGGGACAAACGCACCAAAGCACUCAGAAUCUCUUGGCUCAGUCCUGCCAACAGCUUUCUGUGAAACGUGUUACCUCAUAUCUUCGUGAUCGAGAUCUGAAUGAUGGGCAUUCUGGAAUUCAAAAUUUUUGCCCUAGGAAAGGGUGGAAUAAUAAAGCAGGAAGUAAGUCCAGAGGAUCACAAGCUAUCACAUGUUUUGCUGCCACAAAAUCUCCUGAUAACUGCAAGGAAGACAUAGGAAAUUGUCUCCAUCCCCUUGGGAAUGUUCAGCCUGAUUGUUAAGGGAAGAUGUCUAAAAUGCUGUUGGAGGCCGAUGCUUUACAAGUUGACAGGGAAGGUUAAGUGCUGAAGGAGGCCAAUACUUUGAAGAGUGCAGAUACUGGUGCAAAUUCAAUAUUGCCCAAUCUGCUUGAAUUACUAGAGCUGCAAUUUCUAACAUUCUCAGUACCACUUCACAAUGCCAGUUAGAAGUCUGGUGCGGUUUCUAUUGACCUUAUUUGCCAAUUGGUGCAAUAAUUCCAUUUUUUGUUCUCCUGAAGAGAUGUUCUCUAGAGGCUCUGUAAAUCUUUACUAGGAUAGAUCAGCAUUAGUUUUGUCACAUAGAACAUGGAGAUUUCAUGUUUCUACUUUCUAUGGUAUUGCUCCUUUAUGUUUGGUUUG